AUGGAGUCAGCAUUCUUCAGGAUACCAGGCAUUCCACCACCGAUAAAGAAAAAUCGUACUUUCCUCAAAUCUUCAUUUGUUCAUGCCAUUGCCAUGGAAGAGCUUCCAAAGAAAUUUAUCAUACCACAUAUCAAACCUUAUGAUGGUACCACUGACCCAGAAGAUCAUGUGGAUCAGUACAGUCAGCGAUUGACUUUGGUGUUGUACCCGUUCAACAAGUAUGAAGCAUGCAUGUGCCGAGGAUUUAGUUCAACUUUGGUGGGACCUCCUUUGAAAUGGUACCUUAAUCUUCCAGAAGGGAAAAUUGUUUCAUUCGCACAAUUGGCCGACGCAUUCGUUGAACAAUUUGCAAGCAGCAGAAAAAUAAUUCCAACACCUGAUGAUUUAUAUCGGUUACGGCAGAAACAAGGAGAAUCUCUGCUGUCAUUCUUAACAAGAUUCAAUAAAGAGAAACUGGAGAUUCCUGGAUGCUUAGACGAGAUUGCAAUCAAUGCAUUUCGCAUGGCUCUUCUUCCUGGAAGCAAAUUGUAUGGAAAGCUUACUCGUUAUCCAUGUAAUUCAUUUCAAGAAGUGCAGGCAAGAGCAAGCGUUCAAAUCAAAUGGGAAGAAGAUGAAGGAAGACUUCCAGAAUGGCCAACAGAGCAGACGAAGAAAUCUAAACAAAAGCAAAUAAGUUCAGAGGCUCCACAUUAUCCUCGUAGAGAUCCCAAGCCAAUUGAUUUCAAGAAAAAGCCUAGAUCUCCCGAAUACAAUUUGGUGAUUCCACCAAAUGAAAUCUUAUCAGUGUUAAAGAAAAUGGGAGAUGCUGUUCGAUGGCCUGACAAAGUUUGUAAACCGCUAGAUCAACGGGACACUUCCAAAUGGUGUGAAUUUCACAACGACUAUGGGCAUACAAUAGAUGACUGUAUUACCCUCAAAAAAGAAGUAACCCAAUUGUUAAAGAAAGGUUAUCUUCGGGAUUUACUAUCUAAAAGAGGAAAAGCAACGAUGGCCCAAGCCGAAAGACGAGAAGAAGAACAGAAGCCACCUCCCCCAGAGAAGACAAUUAACGUGAUAUUCGGCGGUUCAGAAAUUUGCGGAAUUACACACUCAUAG